AACCGUUUCUAAAAAUAUUAAACAUUUAAUCAUUUAAGAAUUAAUUAUUUCCAUUUCUAUAACACAUACCGUAACAGAAAAAUGACACGAUUAUAAAAACACAAGUUACUGAAAAAAGAAGCCAUAGUUAUUAUCUCAUUUCAUUCUCUCAACUAACUAUCACCGAAAACCAAUUCGGUAGAUUUUGUUUUAUUCGGAAGCCAUGGCUGAAUCAUCGAACCUCAAAUCUGAAGCUAUUAUCGACUUGAUGAAGCAACAUUUCGCCACCGAUGCUGGCAAAGAACUCGUCAAAAAAAUUGGACUUGUUUAUCAGUUUCAAAUUGCUCCUAAGAAAAUUGGAAUUGAUGAAGUUGUGUAUACUGUUGAUCUCAAGAAAGGAGAGGUUACCAAAGGGCCAUAUGAAGGUGGAAAGCCGGAUGCAACCUUUUCCUUUAAGGAUGAAGAUUUCGUUAAGCUUGCAUUAGGAAAGCUGAAUCCGCAGAUUGCUUUCAUGAGAGGUGCAAUGAAGAUUAAGGGAAGUUUGAGUGCCGCUCAGAAAUUUACUCCUGAUAUCUUCCCAAAGCCCUCCAAGUUGUGAGCACUGAGCAGAUAUGCCGCCUAAUAAAGCAAUCAAUAAAGUGUAUAACCCCAAUCUGAGGAGUAUAUCAAUAGUUUAGUACAUCAAUCAUCAUUCCUAAAGGUGUUCAAGAGAAAAUAGUCAUGGAUAAUGAAGGAUAUAGAUAGUGUUAUGGAAAUCUUCCAAAUGACUUUUAUAAUACUGUAAUCGGAUAUUUCAUGUUUCAAAAUAGUUCACCAUGCAUUAUGUUGACCUGUCUUUUCCUUUGUGUUUGCCAUUAAAUGGAGCCUAUUAUUAAAGUUUA